AUGAAAACCCUAAUCACUUUUCAAGAACAUGAUAUUAUAACUAAAAUAACUGAACCGGAAUCAGAGUUUGGGUCUGUACUAGGAUAUUCUUGUAAAUAUAAUAUUUUUAGCGAAUUUUCUAUAUCACUUACUACUGCAAUUUCAAAUAUAUAUCAAAAAGUUACAAAUACUAAAACUAAAUUUUCGGGGCCUGCUAUUAUGGGAUUCGAUACACCAAUUAUAUCUAAAACUUUCAUUCAAAAUAUACCUUUUCAAGUAUAUAUUAUUCCUUUAGAAAAAUUAAGAAUUUGGGUACUUGGUGUAGGAAAAUCAAAUAAUAAUGAAUAUAAUUUUGCUGAAGCCAGGUAUAAAGCUGCAUUUGUUUAUAAAUAUCAAAAUAAACAAUUUAAAAAAACUUUUAUUGAUAGUACUCCCAAUUUAUUAUGGAAUAAAUUAGACUGUUUAAAGCAAUAUAGUGGAAAAAAACUUUUUGGUUUAGAAGAACCAUAUACGCAAAAUAUAAUUUAA